GCUGGCCUCACUUCUCUUGAAUACCUUUCUCUUUCACAUAAUCGCUUCCAAGGUUCAUUUUCAUUCCAUUCCUUCGCUAACCUUUCCAAACUUGAGUCAUUUGAAUGUGAAGAUAACGGGCUAAUAGUUGAGGCCAACGACUAUCCAACCUGGGUUCCAUCCUUCCAAUUGAAGUAUUUUGCCUUAUCAGGCUUCACAUUCAAAAAUGGUGCUUUUCCAAGUUUCCUCUACUACCAGCAUGAGUUGAGAGUAGUUCAUCUCUCUAGCAACAACUUAAGGGGGGAAUUUCCCAUUUGGUUGCUACAAAACAAUACCAAAUUACAAAGCCUAAAUCUAAUGAAUAACUCCUUUAUAGGCCCUCUUGUUUUUCCUUCUCAUCCUUGUCUAAAUUUGUCUGUUUUGAUCCUUUCUAACAACAACUUCUCUGGUUCAAUCCCAACAAAUAUCGGUGUCAUAUUUCCAAAUUUGAGAACCUUAAAGCUAUCACAAAAUUGUUUUGAAGGAAAAAUUCCUCCAUCAAUCGGUAAUAUGAAAUCGUUAUGGUUUUUAGAUCUGUCCAACAAUAAUUUAUCAGGUCAAAUUCCAGAGCACUUGGUCAUGGGAUGCUAUGUGUUAUGGUUUUUUAAGUUAUCACACAAUAAUUUGUAUGGAAAAAUACUUCCUACAAUUACAAACAUAACUAGUUUAACGUCAUUAUACCUAGAUCACAAUCUCUUUGGUGGAAAUCUUUCAGAUAGCUGGUUGCAUGGUUCCCAGGAAUUAUCUGAUUUAGAUAUCAGUUAUAACAACAUUUCCGGUCCACUACCUAGAUGGUUGGGAAAUUUAUCAAGUCUUCAGUCUCUUGUUAUGCGUAAUAAUCAUCUUGAAGGAUCAAUUCCAAGUGAGUUUUGUCAACUACAUCUGCUCACAUAUUUGGAUCUCUCUGAAAACGAUAUCCAGGGCUCGGUUCCUUCUUGCUUUAGCCCACAAAAUUUGGAACAUGUGCAUCUUCAGAAAAAUAGGUUGGAAGGACCAAUGCCAAAUGCAUUCUCAAACAUCACUUCCUUGGUGACAUUGGACAUUAGCGAUAACCACUUAAAUGGUGGAAUUCCAGAAUGGAUUAGUGGGUUUUCAUCUCUAAAUGCCCUGCUUUUGAAAGGAAAUCAAUUUGUAGGUCAAAUUCCAGUUCAAUUGUGCCAAUUGAAAAAUCUCAACAUAAUGGACUUCUCUCUCAACUCUCUCUCAGGUUCGAUACCUUCUUGCUUAAAUAACAUCACAUUUGAAGGAGAAUCAAGUUCAUAUGGAAGAAACUUAGAAGUUGUGCUUACUGAAUUGGAAUAUGUUCAUAUAUAUUCAUAUAAAAGUAUGUUAAUUAGAUAUGAAAAUGUUUGGAGUGGUGAAAAGGUCACGAAGAAAGAAGAAGUGAAGUUCAGAACAAAAUUCCGGUUCGAAACUUACAAGGGUGUUGAUCUUGAUCUCAUGUCUGGAAUUGAUCUCUCUUGCAACAAAUUAGUAGGCAAUAUCCCACCUGAAAUUGGAGAUUUAAGUGAUAUUCGUGCAUUGAACCUAUCGCACAACUAUUUAAAUGGGAAAAUC